AUGGAGAACGUCGAAGGCUACGAUGAAAUUGAGUUGGAGGAGGAACAAAAAACUUAUUCUCAGUAUGACGACAUGAACUACAAGGACCUUACCUCAAACUUUGAGGAACUAACAAGUAGGUUAAAUAGGGAGGUAAGAUAUGGUUCGGAUCCAUUGGCUGCCGUUGACCUUAACAGUGAACUUAGAUAUGUGAAGCAACUCAUGGAGGAACGUGGGACGGCAGAGACAACUUUCACUGAAGGAGAAGAAGGAACUGUAAACAUCUCAGAACCCUCAGGAAGUAUAACCGUUCCAGGAGUCGACUUUGAGUAAGACCCAAACAAUUUACUUCCAGAUGUGCUAGAUGCAUUUAAGGAAUCAUUUAACACUGAUUGGGACGACAUAGAGGAACGUCUGGAUAAAGUGAAAAAAUUCACAACACUGCAGAGGAAAAGAGACUUUGAAAACCAGGUGGAACGUGUACAAGCUGUCACAAGAGUUAUUCAAGCAAAAGAGAAAAUAGUACUCAACCCUAGGAAUAGAAACGUUAGGGAGCUCAUCAAACGAUCAUCUGUUAGAACACUCAAUGAUGGCACAGAGGUGUUAAUGUUUAGAAGUGAACAAGGUAAUAACAAAAGUGGUACCAGAUAAUGAAGCGUGGAAAGACCUCCGUUCCAACUUACUCUAAGAAUUCCCCUGCAUUGAGAGAAUACAAGGAACUAGUGAGGAAAAUCAGGGAGGACCAGACAACUGACACUGAAUUCAGAACAGAGGAGGAUACAGGCAGUGAGUCCACAGUUGUAAACCGGGAAGCUGACCUGAAUGAUUUCAGUGAUGAGGACAGCACAUUUGAAGACAUUGAGCUCAUAGAUGUGAGGGUAACCAGAGACGACAUCCCAGCUCUAACCCAUACAGAAAAUAGAGAGCUCCGAGGUGUGCUUGACCCAACUGAUACAAUGGACCAGGUAUCAAGGAUAGGAGAUGAGGGUGCGUUCCAAAAACAAGUAGAAUACUUCUAGGACACGAUCAAUAAAACGAUGGAGUUAAGGGACGAAACGGAUGACCCAGAGGAGUUCAUAAGACUGGAAGAAAGUAUAAUCGCUCUUAGGGAAGCAAUGGAUUGGACAAUCAUGCAGAAAGAACUAGAGGAAGGUAGAUAAGCACAGGAAGAAGACAUUUCCAGAUUCCGCAAAUUUGUGAAAUGGUUAGGGAAGGAAAAGAUGGGACUCACAGGAAUAGCAGUAUCAACAGCCGGUCUAAUUACAGCCUUACUGAUCCUCGCUAGGGGAGAAAUUGUAGGAACAGCAAAAGCAACAAGUAAAGUAGCAAAAGCAUUAGCCACCAUAGCUAAAAAAGGUGCUCCAAAUCUUGUACCAGUUCUCAAUUCCAUCGCAACAGCUCUAUUAUGGGGCGCAAAGGGUAUUGCAUGGUUAGCAUCAAAUUUAUGGGUAUUAGCUAUAGCGGCUGCACUACUUGUGUACGACUACUUACAACGCUAA